AUGCAGUCUCAUUCAUUCCACUCAAGCUCAGUUGCAAAAGGAAAACGACGCGCCCAGCCCCAGUCUCAACUCGACCUGGCGCGUGCUUCGUCGCCCAGAGGAAUCGCUUGGCCUGCAGACGCGAUUAAAGGGCGUCCAUCCUCAGUAUGUCAUGCUUUGGGUCGCUCUGGUCGAGCAGGCUUGGUGGCGUGUCAGCGAAAACUUGAACGGCCUCGACGCUUGAAUGAAGGCGAUGGCGGCGAUGUGCCGGUUGACAGUGACGGCGAUGAGAGCGAUGGGGGCAGUGAUAUUUUGGACGAAUUUCAGAAAGAAGAGCGAGAUAAUGAGCUUGCAUAUACCAUCUGGCGAAUUGAGUUAGCAGAACGGCAGGCUGCACUUACUGCCUCAGGGGAGACUUUUGCCGCAGGUCUGGAUCCAGAACUUUAUGAAGAGGAUGUUGCCUUCCACGAUUCAGGCUAUGACAUGAACGCGCCUCGGCCAUACGCGACAUUGGUGCAUCGGGAUAUUUCGCCGCCACUACCAUCUUCACCACCACUCGGACCCGCACCAUCACCUGUCCAAAGACAGCUGUCCAGCGGCCAGCCUUGCAGGCAUGUGCACUCCUCCAAGUGUUCAGAACUCGUUCAGAACUGCGCGAUCGAUGAAGAUGACUGGGACAUGACGGAUGACGACCAAAUGGACGAAGCAUGGCUCCAAGAACUGGAAAGGCUUGAUCCAAGCACUUCAGGUCUUUUGCCAACAAGUUCCCAAACACAAGGGCAGCCGCAGGCGCAAGGAAGUGGGGACGUAGACAUGCAAAUGUGA